UUUGAUUUAGGUUGUAGCGGGCGGAGUAAGGAAAAACGGGUCGGAUAAAGGAAAAUGGAUGAAACACAAUAAAUUUUUUAAAUGACGUACCGUAAAACCAAAAGGUAAUUUAGAGGAAUAUAUUUAGUGUUUCAUUGGACAUCCUGUUUUGUUCAUGUUUCAUUAAAAGACAGUACUGCACAAAAGCGAUGAGUGCUGUUGGGGGACAGGUUUUUGACGCGGAAUGCAUCCUCAGCAAACGACCAAAAAAGGGAAAAUUCGAGUAUCUGGUGAAGUGGCGAGGGUGGUCAUCCAAACAUAAUAGCUGGGAGCCUGAGGAAAACAUCCUUGAUCCACGACUAUUGGCUGCGUUCCAUAAGAGGUGUAUUUCUCUCACCUCUGACAUUGAACAGGAAAAGGAAAUUAGUUUAUCCAAACAUGGCAAAAGACCAAGAGGGCGGCCACGAAAAAUUGCGGAAUUGGUUCCAGCAGCGACAAAAUCAAGCGGAUCAUCAUCGUCAUCUAACUCUUCCUUAUUUUCCUCAGCCUCCUCUGAUGAUGAUAAUAUCAGUGCCAAAAAGGUGAAGCCAGGUUCUCGCACAUGUGAUUCUCGCCCUGUUCCGCAGAAGAAACCACAGACUGUGGUGACCAGGGAGGAGCCAGUGAAGAAAAAACGUGGGAGGAAAGCACUGCCUCCAGAGCUCAAUACACGCAAACAGAGCGAGAGAGCUAAAAUGCUCUUAACAGCCCCUUCUAAAGCUUUGCCAAGGGAACCCAAACCUGCCACCAAAAAGCCAUUACAACCAGCCAGCUUCACCUACCCAGGCAUGAGCCGGAGCUCCAGGGACCUCUUGGGUGUGCCGAGCAGUGGGUCCUUCACACAGGGUGCCAUUGGUAAAAGCUGCCUGAACCCCACAGGGUCCACACGCAGCAUGACCACAGCCAUCCCUUCCCUCGGCAGAUUUGCUCAGAGCAGGAGCUCCUCAGACUUCAAACUCUCAAUCUCUGACAUCAGCAGCAGUGCAGGACUGGACUUGAAGAACACUGCUUCAAAAUCCCUUGGAGUGGCAGCACUUAAUUUAUACAAUUCCGAACAGUGCAGCAGCAGUGUUGGGCAGGGCCAGGGCACUCCCCAGGCACCUGCAGGUUCUUUGAAUGGGCAACAGAAGCAGACUGUUUCAGGGCAGAUGCUCAUACAGCAGGUGUCCAAUGGUAAGCCGGCAGGCCUGUCCAGCAGGAGCCAGGCCCACAGCCUGGAGGCCCUCAACCUGCAGUGUGUCAACAAACCCACACAGGGUAGUUAUCCGGCAGGCAAGGGGUCUGCUGCAGGGUCAACCCUUCAGAGUGCUGCAAGACCUGCACAGAAUGCAGCGGCAGGAAACGAUAACCAGACACGCAGCUUUGUGAAAAAUCUGUCCACUUCAAGCAGCACGCUGUCCGUGAACAUCCAGCCAGAAACUGGGAAGCCCAAAGAAAGGAGCAACGAGGGUACAGUAAGGGAGGCACUCCCUAAGAGGACAGAAAGGGUCCCUGCUAAGAGAAGAGAGGAUGCAUCAUUGUCCAAGGAUGGAGGCGAGCCAGGAAAGGUCCCGAGUCAAAUGAGCACUGGGGAGGUGGGGAAUCGCUCCGGCUCAGACCGACCAGACCCCUCUCCCAAUGGGGGCCAGAGCAUGUCUGUGUCUGUACUGACUAAUCAGGACUGGAAGCCUACGCGUAGCCUGAUUGAGCACGUAUUUGUCACAGACAUCACUGCCAACUUGGUCACAGUGACAGUAAAGGAGUCACUGACCAGUGUGGGCUUUUUUGGGAACUGUAACAGCAUGAGUUGACUCUUUGUAUUAAAGUGAGGUGUUGUCCCUUGCCAAAUUGGCAACAUGGGGACAUGGCAUACAUUGCAGAACCAUGAAGGAAGUAGUGCAGAAACAUAGUAGAUCUUUAUUGGUAUGUUGUCCAGUUCUAGCUUUUCUUCAGAACUUAGAAACCAAUAAACUUGGUAGGCCAUUAUUAGUAUUAAGAUGUAUUCACUUUUAAUACUUAUUUUUUGGUGCUUUGUAAGCUCAGAAUACUGCAGCAUUCCUUCAUUUUUAUACACACAAAUCAACCUGUUAAUGUGAACUGGAUUUUUUUGUGAAUGGAACGGUCCAAAAACUACAUAUUUAACAUUCUGUCAGUACUCAAAACUCAGGACUAUUAAAGCAUUUCUUAGUUUCA